AUGGCAGAAGAAAAGGUCAUUGUUCCGACUCGGGACGAAAUCAGAGUCCUGGGCCUCGACUCGGAAAAUACUCAUGACCUGAUCCGUCAGGCCCAGGAGGCUGAUGCUGCCGACCGGCGGCUCACCAUCAAGGAGGCCAUCAAAAAGUACAAGAAGGCUUGCUUCUGGGCCAUGAUCUUGUCGACCAGUCUCGUAAUGGAAGGGUAUGAUUUGGUCAUUAUCACCUCUUUCUACGGACAGACUCAGUUCCAAAACCGAUUCGGUACCUACGAUGCCACGACCGACACGAAAUCCAUCACGGCACAAUGGCAAUCCGUACUGUCCAAUUCGGCCUUGAUUGGACAGCUCGUCGGCCUGGUAAUCAACACCUACGCGCAGGACAAGUUCGGAUGCCGUCAGACGAUGAUGACGUUCAUGGUGUGGAUGCUGGUCGCCAUCUUCAUCCCCUUCUUCGCGCCGUCCCUGUCCGUGCUCGCCUUUGGUGAAUUCAUAUGCGGCAUCCCCUGGGGCGUCUUCCAGACCCUCUCAACCUCGUAUGCGUCCGAGGUCGUCCCCACCGUCCUCCGCCCCUACGUCACCGCAUACGUCUGCAUGUGCUGGGGUGGCGGCAUCCUGCUCUCCUCGGGCGUCGUGCGCGCCGUCGUCAACGUCGAGGGCGACCUGGGCUGGCGGCUCCCCUUCGCCCUCCAGUGGGUCUGGCCGAUCCCCCUCUUCAUCGCCGCCUACCUCGCCCCGGAGUCGCCCCGGAACUGCGUCCGCCGCGGCAGGAAGGACGAGGCCCGCGAGGCCCUCACGAAGCUGCGCCAGGACACCCCCGAGCGCCACCAGCAGGUCGAGACGACGCUGGCCUACAUCGCAUACACGACCGAGCUGGAGAAGGCCGAGACCGAGAACGCCACCUUUGCCGACUGCUUCAAGGGGACCAACCUGCGCCGCACCGAGAUCAACUGCGUUGUCUGGGCUGCCCAGAUCCUCUGUGGCAACGCUAUUCUCGGCUACUCGGUCGUCUUCCUUGAGGCCGCGGGCUUCAACGAGGUCCAGGCUUUCGACCUCAACAUCUCCCUGUCGGCGUGCUACAUCAUUGGAGGUGUGAUCUGCUGGCUGCUGAUGCCCGGUCUCGGCAGGGCCACCCUCUACAUGGGAGGCAUGACAUUCAUGUUCUUCUGUCUCGUCGCUAUAGGCGGCCUUGGCUUCGACAGCAGCCAGAAGUCCCAGCUGGCUAUCGGUAUCCUGCUCGUGAUCUCCACACUGGCAAACAUGACCACCAUCGGCCCCGUCUGCUACCCCAUCGUCGCCGAGACGCCCUCUGGAAGAUUGAGAUACAAGACCGUCACCAUCGGCCGUUUCAUAUAUAACGUCACCGGCAUUUUCAGCAACUCGGUCACUCCCCGCAUGAUAUCGGCAACGGACUCUCUAGCCUGGAACUGGGGCGCCAAGGCUGGUCUAUUCUAUGCCGGCACCAACCUCCUGUGCAACAUCUGGUGCUGGUUCCGCCUGCCCGAGACAAAGGGCCGCACCUUUGGCGAGAUUGACCUCAUGUUCGACAACCACGUCCCCGCACGCAAGUUCAAGUACACCACUGUGGAUCAGUUCGCGGUCGAUACCUCGGCGAAGUCAGUCGCAGGCUCCAUUUCAGAGAAACAUGAGCAGAACGGUGCGCACAUCGAGCAGGUCAACUGA